UUCCUUAAUAAAUUCUCGAUUAAAAAACUGUAAAAACAAUUAUUCCUCUGUAUUAUAGGAUAUUAUCGCGUCUAUUAUGAUGCAGAAAGCUGGCAAAAACUUCUGCGCUACUUGAACUCUGAAAAUUAUUCGAAAAUGCAUAUUCUUUAUCCUGCUAAAAUCAUCGAUGACGCGUUUUAUUUCUUUUUACAAAAAAAACUCAGUUACGACUUGUUUUGGAUUCUUACGAGGUUCGUAAUACAAGACGCAAAUUUUGUCACAUGGUAUCCUAUGAUUAAAAUUUUCGAAUCCUUUGCUUGCCUAUAUCCGCUUGAAUAUGGUUUGAAAGUAACGAAAGACAUGAAAAGCAGAAUAAAUCAACUUCUUACAAAAAUAGGGUACACUGAAAAACCGACAGAUCACACUCUUACUAUAUAUUUGAGAGAAGAAGCUGUAAAAUGGGCAUGUAUACUCAAUGUUUCUGAGUGCCAAGAAGUAGCUACUUCGAAAUUCAACAAGGAGCUUCAAAAUUCUGUAGAAAACAGUAAUUUGAUAAGGAAGAAAUGGAUAUACUGCUAUGGUUUAAGAAUUGCAAACCACACUAUUUGGUACACGAUAUGGGAAAAAUGGAAGGCAACUGAUGAAAGUUAUAUAGAAUACCUAACUUGCUCUGAAAAUUAUGAUAUUAUUUGCGCCUUUUUAAUACUAUUAGAAAAAAUUCAGUCUAAUGAUAGGAAAUGGAUCACUAGGCGUGCUAAUGUAUUUCUUUUUACUGUUGCCAAACAUGCAAAAACAAAACAAGUGAAUUCUUGUCUUUUGAAAAUUUUGAAAGAUAUUAGUUUCAGUUCAAAUAGGUAUUAUCAUUUUUUUUUUUAAAUACAGGAUGUCCCAAUAAAAUAUAUACAGAUUUUAUUGUCACAUAUUUCAACAAGUAAAAUAGACAGAUAUUAUCUGUUGUUGUGUUUGUUACUUAAAGUUACAAAUGUUGAAAAUGACCACCAUCAAUGGCCACCAAUGAUGUAUAACUGAGCGAUAUACAUAUUGUAUUGUUUCCAGUGAAAUCACAGCACAGGCAUUUUCAAUUUUGUGUUUCAAGUCCCGCAGUAUUCUCAGUUUUGUAGCGCAUAGAGUGUUGUUUAGAGUGGCUCAAGUAAAAGUCCAGUGGUGUUAAGUCAGAAGAUGUUAAAUGGAUAUUUCACACUUCCUCUUCAACUUAUCCAUCUUCCGGGGAAAAUGACAUAAAAAAAAUUUUUCUUAUCGGUUUGGUAAUGUGGUUGCACAUAAUGCUAAAAAUAACACUCUUCAUUCAAGAACAGGUCAUUAAAAGCUGGUAUAACGUUGUCUCGCGGAAUUGAAAAUGCCUGUGUUGCCAUUCCGCUAGAAAAAAUACAGCGUGUAUGUCGCUCUGUUACACAUCAAUAAUGCAUUGAUGCUGAUGAUCACUUUGAACAUUUGUAACUUGAAGGUAAUCAGCACAUCGAUAAGACAACGUCUACCCAUUUUACUUCUUAAAAUGUAUGGUAAUAAAAUGUGUACACAU